AUGGCCGACGUCGAUACACGCCCAACCGAAGAAAAGCCGGUCGCCACCCAAGAGAAGCCCACCGACGACGCUUCCAUCGACAAUGCUGCUGAAAACACCAACGCCACUGAAAGCGGUCAAGAACAACCCGUAACGACUGUAUUCCACGAUCGUAUCAACUAUAAUGUCAAGCAUCCUCUUCACAAUUCCUGGACUUUGUGGUUUGACAACCCUCACAAGAAAGCCAAUGCUGCUUCUUGGUCUCAAAACCUUAAGGAAAUCGUCACUGUUGAAACCGUCGAAGACUUUUGGGGCGUUUACAACAACAUUGCCAAAGUCAACCAUCUCGAAUCCAACUCCAACUAUCACUUUUUCAAGAAGGGUAUUCGACCAGAGUGGGAAGAUCCUGCCAACGCAGAAGGUGGCAAAUUCAGCAUCCAAUUCCCCCGGAACCGUACCGGUGAGACUAUCAACAAGUAUUGGCUCGAUAUGUUAUUGGCCAUGAUUGGUGAGCAAUUUGCCCAUGAGCAUGAGAUCUGUGGUGCUGUCAUCUCGGUUCGUAAGGUCUUUUUCAGAUUGGCAUUGUGGAUUCGAAGCUCGGAUAGAAACGAAACCACUGAAACUCUCGGCCGUCAAAUCAAGGAGUUCUUGGAUAUCCCAUCCAAUCUCAAUCUCGAAUUCACUCCCCAUGGUGAGUCGGCCGCAAAGUCGGCUCAAAAGUUCACGCUAUAA